AUGGCCAAGGAAGGCGUGGAGAAGGCGGAGGAGACGGAGCAGAUGAUCGAGAAGGAAGCAAGCAAGGAGCCGGCGGAGGGCGGCGGCGGCGACGGCUCGCACCGCCUCGGAGACGCCCAGGAGAUGCGCGCGGUGGUGCUGGCCGGCUUCGGGGGGCUCAGCAAGCUGCGGCUCACCAGGAAGGCCAUGCCCGAGCCGCAGGACGGCGAGCUCAAGAUCCGCGUCAAAGCCUGUGGUUUAAACUUCAUUGACUUGAUGGUACGACAAGGGAACAUUGACAACCCUCCCAAGACUCCCCUGGUGCCGGGAUUUGAAUGUUCUGGGAUCGUUGAAGCUCUGGGGGACAGCGUGAAAGGAUACGAGAUUGGGGAUCGUGUCAUGGCAUUUGUCAAUUACAAUGCCUGGGCAGAGGUGGUCUGCACACCAGUGGAGUUUGUCUACAAGAUUCCAGAUGACAUGAGCUUCUCCGAGGCUGCCGCAUUCCCCAUGAACUUCGUCACAGCUUACAUGAUGCUCUUUGAAGUUGCCAACCUCCGGGAAGGGAUGUCUGUGCUUGUGCACUCGGCUGGAGGUGGUGUGGGCCAAGCUGUGGCUCAGUUGUGUUCCACCAUCCCCAAUGUGACUGUCUUUGGAACAGCUUCUACUUUCAAGCAUGAAGCAAUCAAAGAUUCCGUGACCCACCUCUUUGACAGAAAUGCAGACUACGUGCAAGAAGUAAAAAGAAUCUCUGCUGAAGGUGUGGACAUUGUCCUGGAUUGCCUCUGUGGGGACAACACUGGAAAAGGUCUCAGUCUUCUCAAACCCCUGGGAACCUAUAUUUUAUACGGUUCAUCCAACAUGGUUACUGGAGAGACCAAGAGCUUCUUUAGCUUUGCAAAAUCAUGGUGGCAAGUGGAGAAAGUGAACCCCAUCAAGCUGUAUGAAGAGAACAAAGUCAUCGCAGGGUUUUCCCUUUUAAAUCUGCUCUUCAAACAGGGCCGAGCAGGCCUCAUUCGAGGAGUGGUGGACAAACUCCUGGGGCUCUACAGCCAGAAGAAGAUCAAGCCCAUGGUGGACUCCUUGUGGGCUCUGGAGGAGGUGAAGGAGGCCAUGCAGAGGAUCCACGACCGAGGGAACAUCGGCAAGUUAAUUCUGGAUGUAGAAAAGACCCCGACUCCACUGAUGGCCAAUGACAGCACGGAGACCAGCGAGGCUGGGGAAGAGGAGGAAGACCAUGAGGGUGACAGUGAGAACAAGGAGCGGAUGCCAUUUAUCCAGUAAGCCAGGCCCCAGCAGGAGAAUGUAAAGGAUGGUCUGGAAGAAGAGGACCCAGCUGAGAAAAUUCUUCUGUGCCCCAGUGAACAAAUGCCGUAGUCCAGUGCACGUCGUGUUUGUCUGCAGUCAGCUGAGCUAAAAAGCUGUUGAUCACUGUUGUUUUUGAAAUUAAGUGCCAAUCCCACUCCAUGCAGUAUUAUGUCCCUUCCUGAUCUGUGCAUUUCACUCUCCCCUCUUCCCUGUGUCAAAACCAUCCAUCUUUGGGUCCUUCUUGACAGUUCCAGAACAGCCUUGCAAAUUAAUACAAGCCCACAAGCCCAAUGCUGAAGAGACCAGACAUGGGCAGAGACAAGUUUGGAUUGAAAGGUGUUGUCACAGACCACUUUCUAGGUCCUAGAAUUCUUCAGGCCAAUGAUACUUUCUGCUGCCAGUCACCCAUGCCUCAACAAGAGCACUUGCCAAUUUGGCCGGCAGAAAAAGGGUAGGCCAGGAGAUGUUUUUGUGAGCUCCUAAAUUUAGAACCUCUCCAAACAGCAUUUUUUCUCUCCCAUUUGAGAAGCAACUAUGGUCAAAGGAAUUGAGCCACUCUCCUCUAACCUCUAGUUUUUGAUCCUUUCACUGGUUUUCAUCCAUAAACACAGGGAGGCAGGUGUGAAUUUUUCAGGAUAGAAGAUGGGUCAACAGCCUGAGUCUGAGGACCAGCCACAGAGAUUUCUCCACCAAAACCACAUCUCAUAUAUAUUUUAUUUUAAUUUUAAGAAAAUAACACAUAUGGGAUUAAUUCAGAAGUCAUUGCUGAGACUUGCCUGUGUUUUCACCCUUGCCAUCAGCAUUCCCAAUUUUUCUAUUUUCAAUUCCUGGUAGUAAGCAGCCACAUUCACUGUGGAUCCCCCAGGGAAGGACUCCCUUGCAGACCAUAUUUCAAAAAAAUCAAUGAGUAUCUUUUUUCUUGCCAAAAGUGUGUUUCAACAUGUAGCAAACUUUAGUGAUACAAAAAGUGAUUGUUCUGCAUCUGCUGCCAAAUGUGCAGUUCCUCCCCUCUGAUACAUAAAAGCACGGUGCAGAUUCUACAAAUCAGGGACCAAAUGACUCGAUUGCACAUGCCCGCUCAAUUGUCCAGCUCCUAAGCGCCUAAGCCCCACCCCCACCCCACUUGACUGAGCUUCAAAGGUAAAGCCAAUUAUUCUUGAGGAAGACACCAAAGGGUUUCUGCAUUGCCCAAUUUGUCCACCAACAAGCCUUAGGGUGGACCCAACUCUUCCCCUGAGUAAUGGGAAUACAUUUCAACAAUUACCUGUUUGAAGUCCUUUCGUAACAAAUGUCACCUCACUCAUCGUGUUCUUUUUUCCUAUCCUAAGUUUGUGAUGAUGACUUAUUUAUGCCAAAUAUUUAUCUGAAGGGAGUUUCUCUUCAUUGUGUACCUAUAAAAUAUGAAGGUGAGAAAGGGUGCUGCCAUCUGUCAAGUGUGGAUGAGAGUAUCUCCAAAGAGAACACCAACAUCAUCUUCUCUUCCUACCCCAGGACUCGCCAGUAUUCCUGUUCUGGGCCAUCUAGAAAGAUAAUGGGAUGUUUAUUCCCCAGUACCUUUGCUAAGUGCUAUAUUAUCGGCCAUGUUUCUCCCAUAACCAGGCCAAAAGGCAGAUCCGAAGAACCACUGGCCAAGCGACGUGCCUAGUAAGCUGGGCAGAAAUGGCAUUUUCUGGGUCUGGAGAAGCAAAGAGCCACUGGUCAUAUUAGGGCUUUUCGUCUCCAGGGAGUAGGAACUCAACUACAUGCAGAAUCCAGACAGCCUUUGGCAUAUCCAGAGGAGAAGCAUGAAAAAUCGUUCCUUCCCAAAUCUAUUUUUUUUUCAACCAACAAGGUUAAUCCGGUAAUCGUGAAUUAUUCCAGCUGGUUAACGAAAACCCUUCUAUUUCCUGAGAAUACACGAUAAGAAAACUAGAUCUUGACCAAUAAGAUCAAUUUCUGCCAUAAAGAAUAGGGAGAAAUACCAUUUUAAAAAACAUUUUAAUGUACUCUCAUUUUAAAGCCCCUUCUUUCCUAUCUCAUGAUUGUUUUUCUGAAGUGUAAGAACGUCUCAGUUUGCCUUAAAGGAACUGUGAAGGCUUCUCUGUAAUUUAAGCUUGAUGGGAGUGAACUGAAACAUUGUCUAAUGUAUUUGUGGCUUUAGAGCUUUUGUUAUAUUGUGCCUACAAAGCAAAUUAUGUUUACAUAAAAAAUAUAAAUAAAGUAUUCAGCAUAGCAUAA